AUGAGGAAUUUGAGCCGAGUACUUGCCUUGGGCCUACUGGCAACCACUGCAGUCCAAGCUAUAGGCCCCCAGCCUAUUGACCUCAAUGGCUCGAACUUCACAUAUCCCUAUCCUAUCAAAGUCUACAAAUUCACUUCCCAACGCAAACCCAUGGAAAUGGCUUUCAUGGACGUCCCACCGGCACCUAUCAACACCUCUUCUCUCACGGGCGACAAUACCACCACAGAAAAGGUUGCUGUCCUCUUUCACGGCAAGAACUUUUGCGGAGCAACCUGGAAUGAGACGAUCCAGCAACUGUCAGGCGCUGGAUACAGAGUGGUAGUCCCCGACCAAGUGGGCUGGUGCAAGUCUACGAAGCCCGUAGGAUACCAGUUCUCGUUCCAGCAGCUGGCGCUGAACACCAACAGCCUGCUGAGAGAGCUGGGGAUCUACAAUGCCACCAUCAUAGGCCACAGCACAGGCGGGAUGCUCGCCGCCCGUUAUGGCCUCACGUACCCGACCAACAUGACCGCACUCGUGAUGGUGAACCCGCUUGGCUUGGAAGACUGGCAGGACAAAGGGGUUCCGUAUGAAAGUAUCGAUGAUGGCUGGGUUACGGAGAACGCUACAACCUGGGAGUCGAUUAUGGCCUACGAGGAAAACACGUACUAUGUCAACACCUGGAAAGCAGAAUACGACGAGUGGGUCACGAUGCUGUACAACAUCUAUUACGGUUCAGAACGUCAACAGUUCAUCUACAACCAGGCUCAAACGACCGACAUGAUCUUCACGCAGCCAGUGAUCUAUGAGUUUCCCCUGUUAACACCGCGGACGUUGUUGAUGAUUGGGGACAAGGACAACACAGCGAUCGGAAAGAAAUGGUCGCCUGCCUCAGUGCAGGCAGUGAUUGGAAACUAUAGUGUUCUGGGGCCAGAGGCGGCAGCCUUGAUACCGAAUAGCACUCUGAUUCAAUUUCCAGACUUGGGACACGCACCCCAGAUUGAGGAUCCUGAGAGUUUCCACCAGGAGUUGCUUGGCUGGCUCUCAAGUCUGUGA